UGUUCACAGCAUAUUUUAAAUCCAUUUUGCAUGUAGGCGGUAUUUGACUGGCUAAGCAUGGCCUCCGCAAGAUAUGGAAGUCUGCUAUGUCGUGCAUCAAAUUGUGUAAAUAAUUGCAUUCUCAAGGACACUUUGUCAGUUCCAAGAAUCCUCGUCAACCACCAACAAACAAGGGGACGAAAACGUACAUCCACCCCACCAUCUUGGUUUGUACGUGUGAAACCAACACAAAACAACCAAGAUCUGACCCGGGAAAAUAGGGAUUUCCUUAAAGAAUUGGCCGUAGAUGUUUUCAAAACAAGCAGCAGUCCACUCCGAGAUGAACCCUGGCCACGGGAAGAGUAUACAAAAAGAACUUUCCGGACAGGUGUCCUGGCGUUGAAGAUAGGUGUUGUUCCCCAGUGGACGACAGGUGGGCAGAAGAUAUUCACCACCAUGUUACAGGUGCUAGACAACCACGUGAUCCGCUACACUCCCCCGGAGAAACACCAGGUGUCUGCUGGAUGGAGGCCAUGGUGGAAGAACAAGUAUGGUGUCGUUGUGGUUGGCGCUCUGAGUUGCGAUCCUAGUGAGUUCUCCAAGGACUACAACAACCUGUUUGCAGAAGCAGGCGUCCCACCAAAACGCAGACUCACCAGAUUCCUUGUUACAGAAAAUGCAAAAGUCCAGCCAGGUACACCCUUGAAUGUUAUGCACUUCCGAGUUGGGGACUACGUCGACUGCCAGGCCAAAACGGUUGAUCAUGGCUUUCAGGGGGUGGUGAAGAGAUGGGGCUUCAAGGGACAGAGUCAGUCACAUGGAGUCACGAAGGCUCACAGAAGGAUGGGAUCUAUAGGAGGUGGUGGGGACAAGGGGGGUAUCUGGAAGGGCAAGAAGAUGCCUGGCCACAUGGGGAAUGAAUGGAAGGUCCUCAAGGGCCUCAGGAUCUGGCGUAUCAACACAAAGUACAACAUCCUGUACGUCCAGAGCUCCUGCAUCCCGGGGGAGAACCACACGUACGUCAGGGUCAUGGACACUGUGCUGCCUCUCCGCAAGCCCAGCCCAGACGCCCCACCCCCCAUGCCCACGUGGUUCCCCGACGACUCCGACCAACAAGUCCCAGAGGAGUAUUUCCACGACAAACUUUUCAACUUCAAAUCCCCCCUCGAUACAGUAUGAACCAGAGGAGGAGGUGGUCAAGAAACGAUAGACUAUUCAAUGUGUGUGUGGAUGUGUUUAAAAGAUUGAAGAAAUGUGUACAUGCAGAUGUUUACAAACAUAAAGACUGUUGGACUGAUCGUAUCAUUUGUGCAUUUAACCCUGGGCAGUUUCAUUCUACUUGACAAGGAUUGAAUGUGUCACAACUUGAAGGAAUGAAAUUUGUUCCGCCAACCUCAGAGAUAAUACAGUCAACUGAUAGAACAUAGUGCCAUUCUGAAGACAGUCCUUCUGUUUUAGAACUCGUUAGUGCCAUGUUAUUGUCAACUCAUGAUUGAUUGGGAUCUUGUAAAGGAUAAAAGGAAUUUCAAUAGGG